CAUUUUCAGCGAAUUGUCAAAAUUCAUAGAAAUUUCUCGACUAGUUACAUUCAUCGAAAUUGAUAAGACAUCGCAAGACCGAUUGAAGGAGUCAAAGGAUUUUCGUCAAUUCAAUUAAGAAACGCAACGAAAUCAAACCGGUUUUGAUCUAUUAUUGUUCAUUUGUCCCAGCAAAUCAAUCAAUCAUUCAAGAUGUAUCGCCUACCAAGUCUACUGCGCACAACAGCUUCACGACAACUGGCCGUUCGUUUGUAUGCAAAAGAUGUUCGAUUCGGUCCGGAGGUGCGAGCACUUAUGUUACAAGGUGUUGAUGUAUUAGCGGACGCUGUGGCUGUUACGAUGGGACCGAAGGGACGCAAUGUGAUUCUCGAACAAUCCUGGGGCUCACCGAAGAUAACCAAGGACGGUGUGACCGUUGCCAAAGGCAUCGAAUUGAAGUGCAAAUUCCAGAACAUUGGCGCAAAACUCGUCCAAGACGUGGCCAACAAUACGAAUGAAGAAGCUGGUGACGGUACGACCACUGCAACAGUUUUGGCUCGUGCAAUUGCCAAAGAAGGUUUCGAAAAGAUAUCCAAGGGAGCCAAUCCGGUUGAAAUUCGUCGUGGUGUGAUGUUGGCUGUUGAAGCGGUCAAGGAACAGCUGAAGGCUUUGUCACGUACAGUCACGUCGCCCGAGGAAAUCGCUCAAGUGGCAACGAUUUCAGCGAACGGUGACCGAGCUAUCGGUGAUUUAAUUAGCCAGGCAAUGAAACGCGUCGGAAAGGAGGGUGUUAUUACGGUCAAAGAUGGGAAAACCCUGGUGGACGAACUGGAGGUGAUCGAAGGUUUGAAAUUCGAUCGGGGAUACAUUUCGCCGUACUUCAUCAACUCCAGCAAGGGUGCCAAAGUCGAGUUCCAGGAUGCGUUGGUCCUGUUUUCCGAAAAGAAAAUCUCCACCGUUCAGUCAAUCAUUCCAGCACUAGAAAUAGCGAACGCACAAAGAAAGCCGUUGGUGAUUAUUGCUGAGGAUAUCGAUGGCGAAGCAUUGAGCACGUUAGUGGUGAAUCGUUUGAAAAUCGGCCUUCAAGUUGCUGCCGUCAAAGCACCCGGUUUCGGAGACAAUCGCAAAGCGACUCUGACCGACAUGGCCAUCAGUGCGGGUGGCAUUGUGUUCGGUGACGACGCUAAUUUGGUCAAACUGGAAGACGUACAGAUAUCGGAUUUGGGCCAAAUCGGCGAGGUCGUGAUCACCAAAGACGAUACACUGUUGCUGAAAGGCAAGGGACGCAAGGAAGACAUUGACCGACGUGCGGACCAAUUGCGUGAUCAAAUCAAAGAAACGACAUCCGAGUACGAAAAAGAGAAAUUCCAAGAACGACUGGCCCGAUUGGCGUCUGGCGUUGCUGUGCUGAAAAUCGGCGGUAGCAGUGAAGUUGAAGUAAAUGAGAAAAAGGAUCGUGUGACAGACGCAUUGAAUGCUACGAGAGCUGCCGUUGAAGAAGGCAUUGUGCCCGGUGGCGGUACUGCGUUGAUUCGCUGCAUUCCGACAUUGGACAAACUGAAGGGCUCCAAUCCGGAUCAGGACACCGGCAUUGACAUAGUGAAACGAGCGUUGAGAAUGCCUGCACUAACCAUUGCCAAGAAUGCUGGAGUCGAUGGGUCGGUUGUGGUCGCUAAAAUUGAAUUGCAAACAGGAGAUAAUGGAUACGACGCCAUGAACAAUGAAUAUGUGAACAUGAUCGAAAAGGGCAUCAUUGAUCCAACAAAGGUCGUACGAACAGCACUGACGGACGCAGCGGGCGUUGCAUCACUUCUCACCACAGCCGAAGCAGUAGUCACAGAAAUUCCAAAAGAAGAAUCUGCCGCUGGCGGAAUGGGCGGCAUGGGAGGAAUGGGCGGUAUGGGUGGAAUGGGCGGAAUGGGUGGUAUGAUGUAAAGAUUUGUAGCCUAUUCGUAUCCAUUCGGUUAGUGAUUAAUUUUUUUUAUAAAAACAACAACAAAGAGAGAGAGAUAGGGAAGAUAAAAUAUUUUUCUAUUUAACACAAAUUCCAAUUCCAAUUUUAUGUUUUGAAAAAUCGGUUUUCCUUUGUGUUUGUGGAAACUUAACUCCCUUUGUAAUUUUCAUUUUUUUUCGUACUCGUUCCUUUAAAAGAGAUAAAAACAAAAAUAUAAAAAGAGAAAACAGUCGUCGUAACACAAUUUGUAUAUUAUAUAUACGGAAUAUUAUUAAUUAGUAGUAGUCGCAAGCAAGUCGCGCUGUAAGUAGAGAAACCGGGGCAAUGUCUAUUAAAAUGAAUCGAUAAAAACAAAAACAAAAUUUCUUUGCGUUUCUAAUGUGCAAAAACUCUUAAAUCUAGAAGGUGGUCAGGCGAACCUAAAACAUCUGAUCAGAAAUAUCAGGCGCGUUCAUUAUCCAAAAAACAAAACGAAACCUGAUCACUGAAAAGUGACUCGAGACCACAUUUCCACGAUUUUCUUUAAUCUGGAAUUUAGUUUGUUUCUUCGUACGGAACUCAUCAACUCUGUUUCGAAACUUUGACUAAAUGGUCCACUGGUCCACUGGUUUGUGUUUUGCUAACCUCUGGGCUGUACCAGUAUACUAAACUGGACUCAAGAAUUUUGAAAUUUAAAAAGUUUAAUUGAAAAGAUGACUUGGAGGACAACAGUGCCGGACUGGCUACCAACAGGCCCAUCGGCCAAUAUUUCCAAUAUGGCCAGUCGGACACUAUAAUGACAAGUCUAUUCGUCAUUAUUUCACUCAAGGUAGAUGUAAAGGCAAUACCACUCGGACCCGCAGCGUAGCACAUAAGGUCGAUGCUGUUCGACUUGUGUUGCACAAAUUAUUUUCGCUGUCUCAAAACAGAUGGCACGAGUUUCUAUUCCAUUUUUUGUUUUUAAUGAAAGGGAGCGAUGGCGUUUGCUUCGAACUUUCGUGCCACGACACAUUUGAUUCGUUUAUAUUGUGACACUACCUAUUAGGCAGGCUCGUAUUUUCAGGCCAGGCCGAAAAUAUACCCAAAAAUGGGUUUAGAUGGUACGGAAGGCCAAGAUAUUAGACACGUAUUUUUUCUUAGAAUUUUAAAAAAAUAAUUAGCGGGUGAGAAAAGUGGAUUCAUUCAAAUGAGCAAAAGCGUUGGUUAGGUAGUACCUAUCCACUACAUAUCUACCUUGGUUUGACUCUUCAUACGGCACCAAAGUUCCGGAACUUUUUUUUCGUCUUACUACGCUACGUGUAUGACAUUUAGAUUUCGAAUCGCGUGACCUUACGAGUGACUACAUCGUUUACUGUCCAAUACGAACCAACACAUUGGAACCGAUUGAACGUCAUAAAUUUUGAAAUUGUAAUUUUUGGACAGCGGCAGAACCUCCAGUGAUUUUCUAAAAAUAAUUUUUUGUUUUUCGUAGAAAAAGUAGAAAAAUAAUGGAAAAAAAAACCAAAUGAAAUUGAAACAAAAAAUCGAAUUGAUUGACCAACCCCGACAAUACACACACGAUUUUUACGCAACUGUUAAUGUCGAAUUAAGUAAAAUACUAUUGUGAAGAGAAAUGAUAACAGCUGGCCCUACUGUAAAGCACUACUAUACUUAUCAUUUCUCUCCUCUUUUGGUGGUGUAGUGUAUCAGGUUCGUUUUAAUUUUAU